AUGGAUAGCCAUCCAACCGACAGUCGAAGCGUGUCCCCAAGAUUACCAACAGUCAGAUUUGCAAUUGCAGAGAUCCCAGCCCGACCACGUUUACAACCCUCCAGGCCAAGCACCUUGGACCUCUGCAAGGCUGUGCGUGAUACACAUCAUAGAAGCCGUAUGAUUCGACUCCAGCUUACGGCUGAUGUUCUGAACAUGGAUGACGAGGAGGGAGCCGAUGAAAUAACCACGGCUCUAUCGCCUUCACCUGCAGAAACCCUGAAGAGGGUACUCGAGCAAGGGCAUCUGAACGAAGACACACAACUGACGUAUAAACAACGAACAAUAUUGGCACUCGACAUCGCAGCUUCGAUUCUCCAGCUUCAACGGACCAACUGGCUCGUCACGCCGUGGGACUGCACCAAAAUCAAGCUUCUUGCUGUGGAAAACGCUAGUUCUACCACAGGAAUGAGUGGCAAGAUGUUUGGACCUUUUGUUGAGCACGAAGUUACCAGAUCUGGCCCCCGGACACGAAGUAUCAGCAACACGCCAGAACCGAAGGAUGUUCUCCUCGAGCUCGCCAUUCUCCUGCUCGAGAUAUGGACCCAUAGAACACUAGAGAUGUGGGCUGAAAAGGCCGACCAAGCAAUCAUGACCGACACCCCAGAUCGCCGGCUGAUCGCUCUGAUUCGGUGGUUGGAUGCCACUUCACAACAGCUACCGUCGCAGUACGAAACCGCGGCUAGGCAAUGCGUGGCCAUGUGUGUGGAGCAAAGAUGGGCAUGGGAUGACAUUGAGUUUCAAAAGCGCUUUGGGGAGAAUGUGGUCAAGCCGCUGCUUGAUACAUGUAAGGUGUGGGACUGA